AUGACGAAAGAGAAGCUGGGUGAGAUCGGCUACGACAGCGGAGCAAAGCUCAUGGCCCGUGGGUCAUCAGCUCUUCACGACCACGUGGCCAGUCGGUUGGAGCGAUCACUUGGCAAACAGCUUCCCCAAGUGGAAGUGAGAUUCAAGAACCUUUCCCUCUCUGCGCGAGUUAUUCUUCAAGACGAUACGACCAGCAAGUCGGAGCUCCCAACGCUGUUUAAUGUGACCAAGACGGGGCUUCAAAAAAUGUUCGCGAAGAAAAAUAUGGUGGAGAAGCAGAUCCUUCGGCCUGUUAGCGGCGUCUUGAAGCCAAGUACGAUGACUCUAGUGCUGGGGCAGCCUGGCUCUGGCAAGUCGUCGUUGAUGAAGCUGCUAAGUGGUCGCUUUCCGGUGUCCAAGAGCGCUAAAGUGGAAGGAGAGGUGACCUACAACGGCAUAUCUCAAGAAUCGCACGACAAUCAUCUGCCCACUCUGAGUGUGAAGGAGACACUGGGGUUCGCACACGCCUGUAGCGGUGCCGAGCUGUCCAAGACCGAUGAGCAGCAAUUUGUGCUUGGGUCGGACGAAGAGAAUAAAGCCGCCGUGGAUGCAGCUCGAGCUUUACGUAAGCACUAUCCGGACGUGACAAUUCGCCAAUUGGGACUCGAGAACUGCCAGAACACGAUCGUGGGGGACGCCAUGCUGCGAGGCGUUUCUGGAGGGGAACGCAAGCGUGUGACCACGGGGGAGAUGGCAUUUGGCAACAACUACGUCAUGUUAAUGGAUGAAAUCAGCACCGGACUCGACAGUGCGGCGACGCUGGACAUUGUCUCGACAUUCCGUAGUAUGGCCAAGAAGUUACGACGGACUGUCGUCAUCUCUCUACUGCAACCGUCCCCCGAGGUGUUCGCCUUGUUCGACGACGUGAUGCUGCUGAACGAUGGCUACGUCAUGUAUCACGGUCCGCGUGAGCAGGCUCUGGACUACUUUGAGAGCUUGGGGUUCAAGUGCCCUCCUAACCGCGACGUGGCGGACUUUUUGCUGGAUCUAAGUACCAACAAACAGCACCAUCGCUUCUACCUGGCCGUUCUGCUUGGUCUCUUACACGGGAGCACGUUCUACCAGUUCGACGAUGUGAACUCGCAAGUGGUUAUGGGCAUCGCCUUCGUGACCAUCAACUUCGUGGCGACGAAUCACAUGUCGCUCAUCCCAGUGGCCAUGGGCAUGCGAGACGUACUGUACAAACAGCGUGGAGCCAACUUCUUCCGCGUGUCCUCGUACGUGAUCGCCAGGUUCGUGAGCUACACCCCCGUUGGUCUCAUGGAGGCGCUUGUCUUCGGUUCCUUCAUGUACUGGAUGUGCGGGUUUGUCCCGACUGCGGCCGGCUACUUCUUGUUCGAGCUCGUGCUGUUCUACUUCUGGCGUUUCAUAGACUCGGGAAACACCACUGCGAGUGGAGAGAGCACUGUCAUCAGUGACGAGGCCAUCACAGCAGAGGGCGACUAUGGGCUAAUGAAGACUCCGAAGGGAGGCAGCAGUAAUGAGGCAAGUAAAGCGGCUAUCGCUGCUCAUGGACGUGAUCGCGGGUCGAAGACGGGAGGGAAGAUCCGUGGAGAGAUCCUUCUAAAUGGCCACCCAGCCAUUGAGCUUGCUUUCCGGCGAUCGACGGGCUACUGUGAGCAGAUGGACAUCCACUCGGACGCGUCUACCUUCCGUGAAGCCCUGACUUUUAGCGCCUUCCUUCGUCAAGGCGCGGACAUUGCUGAUAGUCAGAAAUACGACUCGGUGAACGAGUGUCUGGAGCUACUGGACUUGAACCCCAUCGCGGACCAGGUGAUUCGUGGCAGCUCCAUGGAGCAGAUGAAGCGCUUGACUAUUGGCGUGGAGCUGGCAGCGCAGCCCAGUGUGCUGUUCCUGGACGAGCCGACGAGUGGUCUGGACGCCAGAUCCGCCAAGCUCAUCAUGGACGGCGUCCGUAAAGUGGCUGACACUGGACGGACCAUCGUGUGUACCAUUCACCAGCCGUCUGCCAUUGUCUUCCAAGUCUUUGACAGCUUAUUGCUACUAAAGCGAGGAGGAGAGAUGGUGUAUUUCGGUGAGCUCGGCUCGAGAGCUUCCGAGCUGGUCAACUACUUUGAGGCGAUCGAAGGAGUGGCUAGCCUUGAACCGGAUUAUAACCCAGCCACGUGGAUGCUCGAGGUCAUUGGGGCAGGAGUUGGCAACGCAAACGCGGAUACGACGGACUUUGUUGCGCUCUUCAAGGACAGCGAAAAGAACCGCCAGCUGCAACUCAACUUGGAUCGGGAAGGCGACGUUCCUGACCAAGCGGUUCUUCGAUUCGUACUGGCGGACGGCGUCGUACAAUUUACACGAUUCAUCAUCUCGAUCAUCCUGGGUCUCGUCUUCGGUAUCACUUACGUCGGAGCGGAGUACAGCUCGGACCAGGGUCAGACGUACAACGCCUUCUGGUACUUCGUUGGCUCCACGGUCGUCGAGAUCCCCUACUGCUUCUUCACUACGCUGAUCUUCCUCGUCAUCUUCUUCCCCAUGGUGGGGUUCACAGGGGUGGGAAGCUUUUUCGCCUUUUGGUUCUGCCUGUCACUGCUAGUGUUGCUGCAAAGCUACUUUGGCCAAGUGUUGAUCUAUCUACUGCCCAGUAUGGACGUGGCGUCCGUGUACGCACUAAAUUUCAACUCGGUGCUCAUCCUGUUCACCGGUAUGAAUCCCCCAGCGGCGUCACUACCGCGCGGCUACGUCUGGCUGUAUCACGCCCUCCCCAACAAGUAUACAUUCGCAAGUCUAACCGCGAUUGUGUUUGCUGCUUGUGAUGGCGAUGGAGAGGGCCCUGGCUGCCAAGUGAUGAGCGGAACGCCACCAACUCUUCCGGACGGCACAACGGUGGAAGAGUACAUGGAUAGCUUGUUCUUGAUCAAGCACAGCGAGAUAUGGACCAACUGUGGAUACGCGUGGCGUGGAUCGUCUUACUACGGGUGGUUGCUCUUGUAG